UAGGGUUUAGUCACAUAUUUCUGGUUCAUGUAUGUAAUAGUCCAGCUACCAUGGCAGGGUUCAAGAAUUUAGUGAUUGUUAAGUUUAAGGAAGGUGUUGUGGUGGAGGAGAUUAUGAAAGGAAUGGAGAAACUUGUUUCUGAGAUUGAUCUUGUCAAGUCCUUUGAAUGCAGGGGACAGGAUUUGGAAGGGCCAGAGAUGCUAACUCAAGGCUUCACUCAUGCCUUCACAAUGACAUUUGAGAAGAAAGAAGACCACACUGCAUUGCAAACCCAUCCCAGUCAUGUUGAAUAUUCUGCUACAUUCUCAGCUGCUAUUGAGAAAAUUGUGGUGCUUAGUUUCCCAUCUGUUCAGAUCAAACCACCUGCAUGAUCUAAUAAGAUCUAGAGAUAAUGACAAUAAUAAAAAGAACUAGUAUUUGGUUGUUUCUUAUGAUAUAUGUGCGAGUGUCUAUUAUUAAUUAUAUAUGUUAGUUUUGUACGUAUAAUUGUUUGUGGCUGGCUAUUUUAAUUUCUGUGACUCUCCAUGCAAUUUCAGCAUCAAAUCUUGUACCACUGAAAUGUUUUCUUAUUUUAUGAUCAUCAUUUUGCUUUUUUAAUGAAUAGACAGACUACCUACUAUGA